AUGUAUACAGCGCUUAUGGCUGAGUACAGAAAUCUUGGUCAUAUGGAGCCAGUCCCAUCUGACGAUUUUGCGCAUCCAGUAUGUUACAUUCCUCAUCAUGGUGUGUACAAAAAAGGUAGCACUACGACGAAACUUCGCACUGUAUUUAAUGCUUCAAGGAAAUACAAAGGUGGCGUUUCUCUAAACGUUGGACCCAAGCUACAGAGCGACUUAAGCUCCAUCAUUUUAAAAUGGCGAAUGCAUCGAGUUGCGUUCAUAGCGGACAUUGAAAAAUGUUAUCGCCAGAUUUUAGUCAGCAGACCUGAUGCUGAUAUGCAGCGGAUUGUCUGGCGUGACGAGCACGGCAAGGCAGCCGUUUACCGGUUGCUCACUGUAACUUACGGCUUAAAUUGCUCGCCCUAUCUCACCAUUAAGGCUCUGCACACGCUUGCUACGGAUGAAGAACACGAUUUUCCGGCAGCAUCAAAAAUAUUAACGGAGUCGUUUUACAUGGAUGAUUGCCUUCAUGGUGCCGCAACCGUGGAAGACGCUCUGAAUAUUCAACGCCAGCUACAACAGCUUUUGCAGCGCGGCGGAUUCAACCUUCGGAAGUGGAUGUCCAACUCUACUGAAUUUAUGCGCCAUCUGUACACUGAAGACGAAAACCUUGGGCUGUCCCGCAACUUAAAUCUUGAUAGCGAAACAAACGCUCUAGGAAUUUAUUGGCUGUGCGACACUGACAGCAUCGGUUACAAGACAAACGUAACACCUAUCAUUGGAGACAUCACAAAGAGGCAGCAAUUGUCCGAUGUGACCAAAAUCUAUGACCCGCCGGGUCUACUAGCACCUGUCGUAGUUAAAGGUAAAGCUAUUUGUCAGCAGCUGUGGUUAUCGGGUGUCGAUUGGGACGAUCCCAUUCCUGAUCCACUUCAACAAGAAUGGCGACGCUUUAGAGACGAAAUGCCUGAAAUCAGAGAACUCAAAGUGCCCAGGUGGGUUGGAGCUGAGCCCAGUGUAUCCAGUUACCAGCUGCAUGUAUUUUCUGAUGCCUCUACUGUGGCAUAUGCUGCUGUCGCGUACCUUCGUGUGGAAACUCCAGGUAAUGAUGUAAAAAUAUCAAUUCUAACCGCUAAGACUAAGGUGGCACCACUGAAGAAGAUAACCAUCCCGCGUUUGGAGCUAAAUGCUGCUCAACUCGCAGCGAAAGUAGCCGCUAAAGUGCUGUCAACACUGCAACUACCAGCGAUUCGACUUUACUGUUGGUCAGACUCCAAAACCACGCUCAGCUGGAUUCGAUCAAAUCCUGGUAAACACAAGCAAUACAUCAGCAAUCGUGUAACUUAA